AACCAGUUGCAAUCACAGGUGUAGUGAUACAGGAUGCUAACUUCUCAUCAAAAUCAAGAAUAUGGAUCCCGAACAUGCAUUGUUGGGGAAGAAGAGCACCACAAGCGAGUGAGCUAUGGUGUAGCGGUACGCCAGUUAAGAUGUCGUUGCACCAGAACCAAGGUUGCUGCUACAGGAGGAAUUGUCUUCACUUUCCUGGUGUGCAUCACUCUACUCUCUAUUUUCUAUCAACCAAGGAUCGAUCAAAAACCAGGAAUCUCAAAUCAACAGAAAGAAAAUGUAGGGGAUUGGAAUUCCACCAGACUUUCCACAGAUGUGAGACCAGACUCUUAUGUUUUAUACAUGCAUCCCAAUCUCACAACAUUCACAUUCAGUGGUUGGGUGAACAUAACAGUAUCUGUGACAAGCAAUACAAAUAACAUUGUUCUACAUGCACAGAAUCUCAAUAUUUCACAGGAAAAGAUAACACUUACCACAAAAGAUGGCAAAAAAAGACUUGGUGUGAUUAAGACUGAUAGUGAUCCAGAUGAAAAAGAAUACUUCAUUCAGUUUUCUGAGGCUUUAAAUGCAAAGCAGCAGUAUGUGCUCCAUAUGGAGUUUAGUGGAUUGUUGAGGGACACAAUGUAUGGAUUGUACAACAGUUCAUACAAGAAUGACAAGGGGGAGACCAGAUACCUUGCCACUACACAGUUUGAAGCUGCACAUGCAAGAGCAGCCUUCCCAUGUUUUGAUGAACCCAGUUUCAAGGCCAAGUUUUCUCUCUCGAUGGUUCGCGAUCCCCGUAUGCACAAUGUUUCCCUGUUUAACAUGCCCAAGAAAAGUAGCGAAACUUUGGCUAAUGGACUGGUGGUGGACCAUUUUGAGGAAUCUGUAAAAAUGAGUUCCUAUCUGGUGGCCUUCAUUGUAUGUGAUUUUGCCAAAAUCACAGCAAAUUCCACUGGUGGAACUCAGGUUUCUGUGUAUGCCCCUCCUCAUUUGAUAUCCCAGGCAGAGUAUGCUCUGGAUGUAGCCUCUAAGGUCUUAUCAUACUAUGAGGAAUUCUUUGGAGUGGCUUUCCCUUUGCCAAAGCAAGAUCUGGUAGCUAUCCCAGACUUUUCAGCAGGAGCAAUGGAAAACUGGGGUUUGAUCACCUACAGAAUGACAGCCAUCUUGUAUGAGGAAGGAGUGUCUGACUCCAGUGAUAAGGAGUGGGUGGCUGUGGUGAUAGCACAUGAACUGGCACACCAGUGGUUUGGAAACCUAGUCACCAUGAAGUGGUGGAAUGACCUGUGGCUGAAUGAAGGAUUUGCUACCUUUGUGGAGUAUUUAGGAUCAGACCAUUACAAUUCACGUUGGCACAUGUUUGAUCAGUUUUUCUUAAAAGAUGCCCGCAUAGCUUUAGGGCGUGAUGCGCUGAGCUCCUCUCAUCCAAUCUCAGCCAAGGUAACCAGCGCAGAGCAGACAGAAGAAAUGUUUGACACUGUGACAUACAGCAAGGGAGCUUCAAUAAUUCGCAUGCUGGACAGUUUUAUUGGUAGAGAUAGGUUGAGAAAAGGCCUCACUGCUUACCUGAAAAAGUAUCAGUAUGGGAAUGCAGAAACCAGUGAUUUGUGGCAUGAACUGACAGAGGUAAGUCACCCUGUUGAUGUGGAGGCUGUCAUGAACACAUGGACCAAUCAGAAGGGUUAUCCAGUUGUUCAUGUGACCAGAAAAGGAAAUCAGCUGAUCUUGUCUCAGGAAAGGUUUCUGCUGUAUCCAAAGGCCAAAGCAAAGAAAAAGGAAAGUCCAUACAACUACAUUUGGCAAAUUCCUAUAACCAUAAGUUUUCAAGGACAGAUCAGUAAAAAACUGCUUACGAAGGAAGAGGACACUGUUGUACUCCCUCUCCUGACCAGACCAGGGUGGUUGAAGUUGAAUCAUGAACAGACUGGGUUUUACAGAGUCAACUAUGAUGAGGAAGGCUGGUCACAGCUGACUAGAAUAUUACUGCAGAAUUAUACAGCUCUCCCCACUGCUGAUAGGGCAGGCUUGUUAGAGGAUGCCUUUAAUUUGGCAAGAGCAAAUCUGGUAAACAUCACCACUGCUCUUGAAAUGACCCAGUAUUUACGGGGUGAAAAUGAGUUCGUGCCAUGGGGAGUCACCCUGUCCAACAUGCUCUAUCUCUAUGACAUGCUCUGGGGAAAUGAACAGGCUUUUAAUCUGUACAAGAAGUAUAUGUUGUCACUGAUGGACCCUCAAAUAAAGAGACUUGGUUGGGAGAGACAGCCUAAUGAAGGACAUUUGGCAAAUUUAAUGCGCCUCAAGAUUCUCAGCUUAGCUGUAGAACUUGGACAUAAUGAGACAGUCAGCAGAGCAAUGAAAAUGUUCAAUGACUGGAUGUUGAGAGAUAAACCAAUACGGGCAGACUACAGGUCCAUAGUGUACAAGGCGGGGGUUAGUAAAGGUGGAGAACGAGAAUGGGACUUCUGCUGGAAAAAGUACCUUGCCGAGUCCAAUGAUGCUGAGAAGAAAAAACUUCUUAUAGCUAUGACCUUUACCAAGAAUAUUGAUAAGCUUUCUAGGUAUCUUCAGUAUGCUUUGGACCCAACAAAGAUAAAGAAACAGAGUGCAAUUCAAGUGUUAGCUGGAAUGUCAAGAAAUCAUGCUGCCACUGCUCUUGUACUGGCUUAUGUGAAACAGAAUUGGGAUAUCAUAUAUGAGAGGUAUGGUGAGGGCUCAUUUGAGAUAGGUCGUUUAAUAGAGAAAACAACCCAGACUCUCCAUACUCAGAGGGACUAUGUGCAGUUGAAAAACUUCUUUAAAGCUAAUGCAGAGAAACUGGGGACUGGUGAAGUUGCAUCAAAGCAAGCACUUGAAAGUAUUAAAGCUAAUAUCUUCUGGAUCAAGAACUGCCAGGAUGCCACUGUUACCUGGCUGCAGAAAAAACUGAGUUGAUUUAAUUGGUUUGUCAUAAUAUUAAUCAGCAGUAAAUAGAUAAUCAUUAAUAAAUAGAUAAUCAGAUAAUAAGGGGAGGAUAACAAACAUAUAAUACUUGGCGGUUUUAUUAGUGGCACCAGAAUGUCCUAAAAGACUUAUAAUCAUGUGCAAUAAAAUUAUUAACAGAGACAGUCUUUUAGGAUAGAGGUAACUCCAAAAUGCUGGUUCAGAAUAUUUUAUGGACUGUGUCACAGUGGCUUCACCAGGUAGUAACUGCUCACUAGGAGUUUUGUUAAAUUUGAAUACACAGGCAAAAUUGGCAAAGGAGCCUGAAACAACAGUCAUUUGCUGAAAACAGUUUUUUUUCUGAAACUGGCCUCAUAAAUGUUCUUUUAUUGCUCACCCUACUGAAUGGUUGUUAAAGGACAUUUGAGCAGCACUUAUCUAGUUGUUAAUCGGUAAGAAUUUUAUCAUUACUCUGUGAUUUAAAUGUUAUUUGAUAAGGGGCAGUGUAAAGUUUAUUUGUUGAUAUAAUAUGUGAAGGUGUGAUGCUGUAGUAUACAGAUAUAUUUUGGAUAGUUUUAAUCAAUGAACUAUCACAUUAAACUUUGGAAUAUGGAGGUCGGGUAGGGUGUAGGGAUUUUAACAGCAAAGGCCAUCAUUUAUUUAUUUAUUUAUUUAUUUUAAGCAUUAACACUUUAACUUUAAAAUAAGAUUUCAAAUGCUGAAAUCAUUCCACUGGUGAGUAAUUUUUUAACAUUUUAUUUUUUUAUUGAUAUUUUAUUAAAUGGAUAGUCUUUUCUCUGAACAUUAUAGAUCUGCUACUGAAAGUUUCAUAUAUAUUUUUCAUCAUAAAAUGUGCUACUUUAAAAUUGCAAAAAUGUAUUAUCUUUAUAUAGAAUCCGUGCAUGGCAUUUAUUUGAUGGACUAAAAGUUGAAUUCAUAGCUGUUAAGGACAACUGUGUCAUACUCUAAAAGUAAAUAUGAAAAAAAAA